UAACAUCUAACAUAACAAUACGCACAUAAACGAGAGAAAUAGUGAAAUUAUUCAGGAAAGGAAAGAGGCAAAAGAAAGUGGUGGCGAAACUCGAAACGAUGGAAAAAGCUCUGGUCAAUCAUAAUUGUAAGUGGGGGCAAAGGCAAUUGUUCUCUCUGCCUCUUUGGAAUCCCCUGACAGUGGCAGUGAAGCUAAAACCACGGAGGCAGAAGCAGAAGCCUUUCGGAUUAGUUGCUCAGAGAAAUGCAUCUGUAUCUGUGUCUGUGGCAGGAAAUGGCUCAAAUUCCACACUGCAGCGGCAGCCGGAUUUUAAUUUACCAAAUUGGAAUUCCUUCCCAUCCACUCUCACUCUUACACUCACUACUCAGCCUCUGCCCGUUCAACAACAACUCCUCCUCAAACCCUCUCCACAAUUGGCUCUUUUUUCUCUCCUUUUUGUCCUCUCCAUGGCCCUUGGCUCUAUUUUGUCCUUGGCUAUACUUUCCAUUCCUAUCAUGAAUGCUUUUACAAGAUUAGCAGCUUCUAUGGAUAAAUUGUCCAAAGUUGUCUCUGAGGAGGUACCAGGUACCUUGUCUUCUCUAAAACUUUCUGGGUUGGAGAUUAACGAGUUGACCCAACAACUUGACAAGCUCAGGCAAAUAGUUUCUGGAACUCGUUACCGAAAGAAAGAAAGAAACAAAUAAGCCAGUUACUUUGGAAGGAGAAACUGAGACUAGUACUACUUCCCUUGAAGAGGAUUAUGCCAUGGCUGAGAUAUGAUAAUUGAAGAAUGUGGAAGAUCAAUGAAUCUUUUGCUUAAAGUGUAGAGGCAUUGAGGGCAUUCCCAGUCCAUCUUAUUGUCAAUUUUAUAAGUUGAAAUUAGCAUCAUGUAGAUUACAUUUGCAGGCAACUAUCUCUACUUUUAUUUUGAACCUAUGCACUAUGGUAGAAAAGCUUUUUGAAGUAGUUGUGAUA